UAUUAAUUGUUGCUAAUGAUUUUAUAAAACCAUUAAAUAAUGCACGAAUUUUAAGUGAUUAUGAAAUCGAACAAUUAUUUAUUAAUUGGUAUAAUUUAAUUGCACUUAAUAGUAGUCUUCUAAAUGCUUUUCAUGAACAAGUAAAUUAUAAAGAAGAACUUUCUUCAUCAGAAAAUGGAGUUAUUAUGAGAACACCACGAUCAGCAUCUUUGUCAAAUAUACAAUUACUUGCACAGUUACCGGUAAGAAGUACGAUUAGUGAUCGUCAUCGUUCCCAUACACCUGAAAUAUUACAUUCUCCAUCUAUUCUUCGAAUAAAACAUCUUAGUGGAUUUCAUCAUCGUUCACCAUCGAGUCAUAAUUUAUCAAUGAAACAAAAUAUUGAAUAUAUGAAUGAUAAUAGUUCUCCUCCAACUCCAACAUUUCAACCACAUGGAUCAAUGAUAAUAAAUGAGUCGACAAAAAUUGGUGAAAUUCUUUGUUCAUAUUUACCAACAAUGACAAACGAUUAUUUUCGAUAUUGUAAUUCUCGUUCUCAAGCUAAUAAAUCAUUUCAAACAAAAGCCGAUUCAAAUGAACAAUUUCGUUCACAUUUACAAACUUUUCAAGACCAAACUGGUGGUUUAUCUUUAAAUGGUUUUUUAACAAAACCAAUUCAACGUGUUACACGUUAUCCAUUAUUAAUUGACAAAAUUCUUAAACAUACACCAACUGAUCAUUCAGAUUAUCAAUCAAUAAAACAAGCAUAUGAUUGUGCACGUCAUUUAAAUGAACAAAUAAAUAAACAGAUAAGUGAACAAGAAAGUAGUUCACGUUUAGAUUGGUUACAACAACAUUUAAUAUUUGGUAGUGAUGAGAAUUCUUCAGAUGGUUAUUUAUUUGAUGAAUUAUUAAAAUUUAAUUCUUUAAAUAAAUAUAAUAUACCAAGACAAUUGCUUUUAAAUGGUAUGAUAACAAAGAUGCCUAGUGGAAAAGAUCUAUUAGCAUUUUUAUUUAAUGAUUUUCUGUUAUUUUCAACUAUAAAAUCCUCGUCUAGUAAUUGGCAAACACAAUUAUUUGAACAAAAAACAAAUUUAUUAUUGAAAAUUUAUCGAAUGCCUUUAUUUUUAACUGAUAUUAUUAUUGCUAAUGAUUCACUUAAUGAUCAACUUACUUUUUCUAUUACAACAAAAAUCUAUGACAAACCAUUAGUAUUAAAAACACAACAAACAAAUGUUCGUACUUUAUGGGUAAAAGCAAUUAAUAAUGCUGUUGAAGAUUGUCAAGUAGCAGAAAAAUCUGUUCUAGCCGAUAAAGCAAUAUUUACAACUACUGAAAAUAAACGUGAUUCAAAAAUAGCUGUUGCACGUCUUCUUCUUGUUGUACAAGAAGCUUAUGAUUUAAUGCCAUCACAAACAACACUUGAACGACAUCGUUCUGUUGAUCCAUAUUGUGAAAUAACUGUGGGAUCAUUAACAUUAAAAACUCCAUUUAUUAAACGAACAAUUAAACCAAAAUGGAAUGCACCAAUGCAAUUUCUAUUGUAUGAUCUCGUUCAAGAUACUAUACAUAUUAAUAUAUUUGAUAAUGAAUAUUUUUCACCUAAUGAAAAUCUUGGUUAUACAACAAUUCAUCUUGCUGAUAUUCUCCCAUGUCCGCUUGAUAAAUUCCUACUACAACCUUCACUUCCAUUUACCCAAAGACUUUAUCUCAAUAAUGGAUCAUCCCUAGUAAUGAAAUGUGUUGUUCAACUUUUAACAUCAUAA